UGGGCGGUUCGCAUGGAGGCGGAGCCCAGUACGUGCUGGAGCCGCCUUCCUAUUGAGUCAGAGAGGCGCGUUGCGAGCUGCCUGAAAGCGAGUGUAACAAACAGAAGCCCGGAGAGUAAGCCAGGCGGGCGUUCUGAUUAGCGCGCUGGGACAAAGUAAAAGAAUCUUGGGAGGCUGAACGUUCCAAAGAAAGUUACAUUCCAGGGUCGGAGCAGCAGCAACAAGCCGCAGCCCGGGGGCACUUUCUCACGGAGGCGGUGGAUCUGCCAGCCCUUGCGGAGCGAGGGCGAAGUGGAGGCGAACGACGACGGGGGUGGGGGGGUUAAACUGGGGGCCGAGAAAAUGAAUCGGAGUUUUAAUAAAUCUCAGAGUCUGCGGUAUAUUGGUUAUAGCGCGGUGGAAGUAAAAAGUAAGUUUGGUGCAGAAUUCCGAAGGUUUUCUCUGGAUCGUUACAAGCCAGGAAAAUUUGAAGAUUUCUACAAACUUAUCCUUCACAUCCACCACAUAUCCAACAUGGAGGUAAUGAUUGGAUAUGCAGAUGUACAUGGGGAUCUUCUUCCUAUUAAUAACGACGACAAUUUCUUCAAGGCUGUUUCAAGUGCAAACCCAUUACUUAGGAUUUUUAUACAAAAGCAAGAUGAAGCAGAUUAUGGUAACUUUGGUUCAAACACCCUAACCAGGAGAAAGAAAGCUUUGGUGACCCUCCGAAAUGACAAUCUUCGCAGGCGCCCCCAUGUUAAUAUUAGCAUGCCUCAAGACUUUAGACCAGUGUCUUCCAUCAUAGAUGUGGACAUACUGCCUGAAACUCAUAGGAGAGUAAGAUUGUAUCGACAUGGGUGUGAGAAACCACUAGGAUUUUACAUUCGUGAUGGGACAAGUGUAAGAGUAACUCCUCAUGGGCUGGAAAAGGUACCUGGCAUUUUCAUCUCACGGAUGGUUCCUGGUGGUUUAGCUGAGAGUACAGGCUUACUAGCUGUCAAUGACGAAGUCCUGGAAGUGAAUGGCAUAGAAGUGGCAGGAAAAACUCUUGACCAGGUAACAGACAUGAUGAUUGCCAACAGCCAUAAUCUUAUAAUCACAGUCAAGCCAGCCAACCAAAGGAACAAUAUUAUCAGAAGCAGUCGGAUGUCCGGUAGUUCUGGCCAGUCUACAGAUAGCACUGCAAGUCACCACAGUUUGCCUUCUUCACAUGUCCUGCAAAACUUCCAUCCUGAUGAAAUGGAGAGUGAUGAGGAUGCUGACAUUGUAAUUGAAGGCUGCCUGGAACCACAGCCCAUUCCAAAAUCACACAGCCUUCCUUCUGGAAGCCUCUCUCGAAUUAAUGGCAGCAGUCUUAGCCACAGACUACAGAGGGACCUGGUACUCAACAGUAGCUUGGGACGUGAAAGUAAUGGCAAUAUUCACAAAAUUCUAAGCUCGUUAAAAACUGAUCCUCGUCAUAGCUUGGUUAUCCCCAAAGGAGGCAUUGAGGAGGAUGGGACGGUGAUAACGCUUUAGUUGUGUUAGUGUGUGUGUGUUUCUAGUCUGAUGUGCCAACUGGAACAAAUCUGUCAACAUACUGAAGAGAGAGAACUUUAAUUCUCAUAGACCUUUGGUGUGUAAAAUGUGUGACUUUCCAGGAAGGAUGGUUUUCAUGAUUAGACAUAAAGUGUGACCUGUUGCAACUCAAGAAAACGUGUAAAUAUGAUUUCUACUCCCAGGUUCAAAAUGAGGGGAAAGAAUGGAGUGCUAAUUUUUAAAAUCCUUUGGGAAUUCUCUGGCUGGGUUACAGAAAUUACUCUCUCAUAAACUACAUAUCUGCUGCAUGUAUGGAGAUACCUUGCAUACAUACAUGUAAAUGGUUUAUCUUUUGGUGAUAGAUAACACACAGUAACUUGGAAUGGGCAUUCAUAAAUUAGUCUUGGAGGAAUAAUACUCUUUAAAUGUGUUAAAAUUUAACACAUUUAAUGUGACCUACCAUUAGAUACUGCUCUUUAGUUUUACUUACACACACACACACACACACACACACACACACACACACACACACACCUCUAAAUGAGAAAAGUAGCAGCUUUCUACUCUGACAAUACUGUUGAGGAGAUGCUGCAUUUAUCCUAUUUUAUUUUGAAUAGAAGUUUGUCCAAAUGAUUUUUGUAAGUGUGAAAAUGGGGUAGAAGGUUAUUUUGCCACAAGUUCCUUUUAGAUCAGCACCACCUGUUGGUCAAUGGCUGUACUGUCUGAAUUCUAAACUUUCUGUCUGUAUUAUGUGAAAAGGGAAAAGAAAAAAACAGGCAGCAUGGAAGCUGGUUAGUUAAUGCACCACCAUUACAUGUUAUGUGCAUUCUCUUUAUUGCUAAAAAUAUUUAUUAGACAAAUAUUCCAAGUUUAGUGAUACUGGUUUCACUUUCUGAUUUUGGUAAUAUUACUGGACUAACAGAAUUGCUUAGAUAUACAUCAUGACUGUGUCCUGAGGCACCAAAAGAAAUUUCUCUACAUUUGUCUUGCUGUUUAGAAUUAACUUGAAUCCACAGAAUAUUUUAAGAAUGAAAGCUGAUCCUUUGGUGCAUAUCAACUCCCUAAUCCAUCUUGUUGAAUUCUUGUUUUUCUCCCUAAGAGUCAAAUGUUACAAUUCAGCAAUAUAUAAAAGGUUUUAAGUAAAUUGUACUUUAGGCUAUAAUUGUCUGAUGAUAUCCAGGCUAACACAGAACUGGCACUAUGUGGAAGGGGUGCUCUUUGCUGAUCUCCCCUUCUCCUUGAAGCUCACUGUGCUUCCUGAAAGUAUGUCCCUGAGGGUCACACAGCUCUUGUGAGGAAGGGGAGAUCAGCAAAAAUUGCCGCUCCCUCAUAGUGCCAGUGCUGGGUGAGUCUGGAUGUCAGCCAUCAUUCUUUACUAUAGAGCGAGUCAAUAAUGGAUUAUUCCAAAAGAAACAGUUUUGCUCCCACUCGGUUUCUAUGUUGCAUUACCACAAGUUGUUACAAAUGUUUUACUAGAAAAAUCUGUUGACUUUAUUCAUGAAAUGUCUAGGAACAAAAUUGUUUUACAAUGUAUUUUUCUACUUUUAGCUUUGUCAUUUUUCUUUGUUUUUUACUGUGUAGUAUUGUGUAUUAAAGCAUUUCUAAAAGAA